UAUCAACAAGCAUUAUUUGGUAUAACAGUGCAAAAAAGUGAUUCUGUAGGUUCUUAUUAUACUAAACUCAAGAAGAUUGCAAGACAUGCUAAUAUAGGAGAUGAUGAAUUUCGCUAUAGAUUUCUUGGAGAACUUUCUCCAAAUAAUCAAAUGGAAGUUCAUCAGAUAUAA